UGCAUAAUCUGCACCGACGCCCUCCCGCCCACAUCCUUCCCACCCCAGCCGCCCACCGCCCACUGCACCCACAGCCCCCAAGUCUGCACCGCCGACCUCGACGCCUGGAUCCGCUCCUCCCUGACAACCAAAGGCCCCGCCGCCAUCGGCUGUCCAGAAUGCGGAAACCACCUCACGCACCCCGACAUCCACCGCCUCGCCGCCCCGCUCACCCUCGCCGCCUUCGAAACCGCCCAAACCCGCGCCCUGCUCAGCGCCGACCCGAACUUCCGCUGGUGCCUCUCCGCCGCCGCCUGCGGCUCCGGCCAGCUGCACGCCUCCGGCCGCGCGGGGCCCAUCAUGACGUGCGGCGCCUGUGGCUUCAAGCAGUGCGUCAUCCACGAGCGGGCGUGGCACGAGGGGCUCACGUGCCGCGAGUUUGACGAGCGGGUC